AUGGCGGAACAGAAGCAGCAGGCGCUGCAGCGCAGCGUCGAUGACCUCGUCACGGGCAUCGACAAGUCGCACCUCAUGCCCAUGCGCAAGAGCGCCUUCCUCGCCAUGGCCAAGUGCUGCGACCUCGGCACGGCCGCGGCCUACCAGCAGUGCGUCCAGCGCGCCGGCGCGCCGGAGCAGCGCGCGUCCGCCGUCAUGCAGCAGGAGCUCGGCGAGUUCCAGCAACGGCUGCAGCGCGCGGCGAUGGCGUGCCAGGACGAGGUCAAGGACUACGGCUACAAGGACCAGGCGAAGAUGCAGGGCGCCUUCGAGUCCUGCGUCAACGGCGCGCUCGACAAGCACAUGAAGCUGCUGCCGACCAUCAAGAAGCGCAUCGAGGCGUCGUUCUAG